GUGCAAGCCGUCUUUGACAGCGUCUACGUAAACAAACUGUGCGGAGCCUUUCAGAACACAACUGUUGCAUUUACGGGAGUUUGAUUUUUUAAACUAAAAAUGUCCAAACAAUUUGUAGGAUUUUCUGACGAUGAUAUCUUUAAGAUUACUCGGCAGGCAGGUGGCAAAGAUCCGGCUAAAGAUUUGUCGCGUCCCCACAACAACAGGCAACCGAAAGUGCCGCCUGGCGCGGUGAAAUUUGUUCCACCACCAGCAACGACAAACAGUGGCAACCUCAGUACAGUGAGCUGUGUCGACACAAGCAUUUAUCCACAGCAUCCGAUCCAACAGGCCGUUGCCUUUAAACCACUGCCGGUGAUGAUGAACGCACCGGAGGAUGAGUCGAUCCUAGUACUGCCGAAAGCGCCAACCUUUGGCAAAACUUUGGAACCACCGUCCGUUGCAUCCAGUGCGCCAGGGGUGCCCGGGUCGCGGAUGAAUCCGAACGAUGCGCUAACACCAUUCAAAGGCAUGUCGCUGAAGGAUUUUGAGCAGCAGCGAAAAAUGAUGGAAGAACAGAAUAGGCAAAAACGCGACAUUCUACAUAAAGCGAUAGAGCAACACGCUCAAAAAACAGCAGCAGAGGCGAACAAAAUUCAGGAGAUAAAAUCAGAACUCAGCAAACUAGACUCCGAGCUGGCAUCGGAUGUUGCAAUACUGCGCAAACAGAUUGAUGCGGCGAGUAUGCACUUCUCGAACGUUGAAAAAAAUUAUCUUACGAUAGAGAACCUUUUCCUGAAGGCCAAGGUAGAGCUCCAUCAGGCACUGGAAAAGAAGGAAAUGUUAACCGAACAUCUGUGCGCAAUCAUCUCCCACAACGAGGAACGGAAAGCGAAACGUUUGUCCGAGCUGAUGGAGAAGGUAGGUAUUUCGGUGAACGAUAAUUUUGAUGAUACGAUCAAUGGGAACAGCACCGGUGCGACGGACGCUUCGACGGAACCCGACAGCACCCAAUCGCCACGUAACUGACGGACGCGCGCCCUGAUAGAUAGGUUAAACCAACGCUGUGAUACAGCAUGCGGCAAGGCGACACAGCGCACUAACAAACAACCAAAUCUGAUGACAAGAAAUGAAAUCUCGUUACAAUGUGGUCCGUUGGACUGUUUCUUUAGUACUUCCAUGGCUAUAAGACUAUUGGGCACUAUUCCAGGCACACUUCUUGCCUAUAAUGCAUUUUAACCUAUUAAUCUAUUGUUUGCAUUUUAAAUCCCUUUUACACUUACAACACGGCUUACAGAUGAAGGAAACGCGAAAAAGCAAUGUUAGAUUUAAGGAUGGAUAGUACUCACAACCACACAUACACUAAAGUAUUGUUAGAAUAUUGCAAUUUACGGAUCAAGCCUAGCGAGAGGAGAGGGUAUGGUGAUUCUGAACAGACAAUAAACGAUAUUAUACCUAUUUUCUAUAACAUUUUACACAACAAAAGUACUCUAUUUGAUAGUCCCACAGAAGUGAAGAUAUACCAGAAUUUGCUGCAAGAGAUAAUACAUUUUGAGCUAAUUUAUAAGAAUCGUGUGGAAUAUGAAGCAUGACAUGUACUUUUACUAUCACAACAAAAGAGAGCAUCCAGGCAUUUACACAAAGCGGUUUAAAAUGGUAAUCAAUUGUACAUUUAUUGUGAUUGAGAAAUAUAUGGCUUUCAGCAGACACUA